AUGGCUCGCUUCCUUCCAUUUGUCAUUCUAGUAUUUCUCCUUGUUUGCAUGCAAACACUAUGUGAGCAAGGAGAUACGAAACUUUUCAUUAAAACUACUGUUCACAUCAAGAGCGAUGUUGCGGGCCAACUACGAUUUCGUUGCCAGUCCGGAAACGAUGAUCUUGGAAAUCAAAUACUCAGCACUGGUGGAUAUUAUGCUUUUAACUUCCAUCCAUCCUUUACUACUGAGUUCUUUUGCCAUUUUUACUGGAAUUCCCGAGACAAAAUCUUUGAUGUUUACAAUGCAAGCAUAACUGGUGCUUGUGAACAUGGUUUUGUGCAUUAUGACUGCUACUGGCGUGUGUCACCCACUGGUUUUUUCCUUAGUGACAAUGACAAGGAUUACCAUUUUUCAAACUCUUGGCUUAUUUGA